AUGUGUUCAACAGUGAGAACAGACCUACGAUUAAUAUACGAUAGGGCCGUAAAUGCUGUCAAACCCGAUGUACUCAUCAAAAGUUUUAUCCAAAUCGACGAAAUGAAACUUUUUGUUAAAAAUUUAUCGACAAAUUUGGACAAACAAUUUGAUCUUAACAAUAGAGAUAUCUAUAUAUUGGGCGCCGGCAAAGCCGUACUUAAGAUGUGCGAAGAAUUGUUAAGUCAAGUGGAUUCGUAUAAUAAUAAUAAUAAGACAACUAAUGGUAAGAAAGUAGUCAUCAAAAGAGGUCUUCUAAGUGUUCCCAUUGGUAGUCAAUCGGAUAGUCCAUUGUUUGACAAAUACAAUGUCAGAUAUCAAACGGGAGCACUUAAUAAUAUGCCCGACCGGAGCUCCGAGAGGACAACUCAACAGAUAAUUGAUUUGAUUAGAUCAGCUAAAAGUGAUAUGAGAAACACUGGUACUAAUAAUAACACGAAAUCAUUAAUAUUAUCGUUUAUUUCUGGUGGCGGAUCAGCUUUACUGUCAUUGCCUAAACAAGGGGUUAGUCUUAACGAUAAAUACGAUUUAAUUAAAAAACUGGUCAAAUGCGGGGCUAAUAUACAGCAAUUGAAUACAGUUCGCCGAUGUCUGAGUCAAGUCAAGUGCGGAAAGUUGGCUCAUUUGGUCACAUCGGAGCCGAAUAGUAUGGAAAUGGUUUGCUUUAUUAUUAGCGAUAUAAUUGGAGAUCCCAUUGAACUGAUAGCCAGCGGAUCAACAGUUGUUCUGACCGGUGAUUCAGAAAAGACAUCGACCAAAGCCUUGAAAAUAUUGAAUGAAUUUCAUCUAAAAAUUAAUGAUAAUCUAAGAGAUGCCAUACUAUCGGAAGAUAAUUAUUUGCAAAUGUCUUAUGACUGGAAUCUAUUGCAUAACCUAAUAGUUGGCAACAAUACUAUAGCUGUAAAUGUUGCCAAACAAACAGCCAAACAAUUGGGAUAUAAAGUCAUUGAUUUGGGUAAUGAAAUCAACGGCGAAGCCAAAGUGAUUAGCGAUAAAUGGUUUGAAAUGGCCAACAAUUAUCAGAUAUCGGAUGACGAUCGACGAGAUUACAAAGGUAUCUGUUGGUUGGCCGGCGGCGAGACUACCGUUAAUAUGACUGAAUCAAACUCUGGAUUGGGAGGUCGUUGUCAGGAAAUGGGAUUAGCGUUUGCAAACAGAUCAUAUAAAUGCGAUUCCGGCGGUAAAAUGUAUUUUCUGUGCGCUGGAACCGAUGGCCAGGACGGACCUACUGAUGUGGCCGGAGUUAUAGCCGAAAGCGGUUUGAAAUCUAUGGAUCCGAGCGGACAAUUAGCCAAACAGUUGGACAUCGAUUUGAAAAAUCAUAAUUCAUAUGAAUUUUUUAAUAAAUUUUUCAGCAAUUGGUUUAUUAAGACAGGAAUAUCCGGCACUAAUGUUAUGGAUAUUUAUUGUCUAAUAAAAAACUUGAGAUAA